GUCAGAGUCUCAGCGGCAGCACAGCUCUGCGCUCCGAGUGUGGAUGUUAGAAAAGAGGGAAGGACUCCGAGAGACACACACACACACAGACGAAGAGAGAGGAGCGCUGCCGGUGGACGUGAGUGUGCUCCCGGGCUGCGGAGCGUCUCUCCGGUCAGCUGUGAAUGGGAUUACGGCGGCUCCUCCGGGACUGCAGGAGGAACCAUGCGGCCCCAGAGCUGCCCGCUGCCCUCGGCCCUGCUCCCGCUGCUGCUCGGGCUCUGCAGCGGCACAAGUUUCCCAACUAACAUCAACAUAGGAGGCCUUUUCCCCGGUGACUCCCAUGAGUAUGAGGUGUUUCGUUUCGCCCUGGCACAAAACCAGGACAUCCCCAAGCUGGUGCCACAGGUGGACAUGGUGGACACGAGCAGCAGCUUCGCCAUGACCUACGCCUUCUGCUCACAGUUCUCUAAGGGAGUGUACGCCAUCAUGGGUCUGUACGACCGGCGGACAGUCAACAUGCUGAUGUCCUUCUGCGGGUCUCUGCACGUCUGCUUCGUCACGCCGUCCUUCCCCGUGCAGACCAACAACCAGUUUGUCCUGCAGCUGCGGCCCCAGCUGCAGGAGCCCCUCAUGGCCCUGCUCGAGCACUUCUACUGGACCAGGUUCGUCUACAUGUACAGCUCUGAAUCAGGUUUGGCAGUGUUGCAGAGGAUCCUGGACACGGCGGCAGAACGAAGUUGGCAGGUCACCUCGGUUAACCUGGACAGUCUCACAGAGCCGGCCUUCAUCAAGCUGCUGGCUGACCUCGACUACAAGAAGGACUUCCAGAUCAUCAUCGACUGCGAGCUGAAACGCCUCAACUACAUCCUCAACCUGAUUGCUGCUCAGAAGAGGAACUUGAAGAACUACCACUACAUCCUUGCCAAUCUGGGCUUCUUGGACCUGAACGUCACAGAAUUUCAGAAGCUCGGACCGAACGUGACCGGCUUCCAGCUGGUGAAUCGGUCGGAUCCAGCUGUGCAGAAGAUCAAUCAGAACUGGCUGGACUUCGACAACAAAGACCUCAAAGUGGCUCGCAGGAGGCUCAAGUACACAGGAGCUCUGACCUAUGAUGGUGUCAGCGUCAUGGCAACGGCAUUCCAGAAUCUGCGGAGGCAACGGAUCGAUAUCUCUCGCCGGGGCAACGCAGGGGAGUGCCUGGCCAAUCCGCCCGCUCCGUGGGGACAGGGCAUCGAUAUCCAGAGAGCCCUGCAGCAGGUUCGUCUGGAGGGGCUGACGGGUCACGUCCAGUUCGAUGAGCGCGGACAUCGAACCAACUACACUCUGACUGUGAUGGAGCUCAGCCACAUUGGACCCAGGAAGAUCGGCUUCUGGAAUGAGAAGAGAGGCUAUGUGAACACUGCCAUCUACAGGCCGAUGCAGGAGGAGUUUUACAAUUUGCAGAACAAAACCUACAUCGUCACUACCAUCCUGGAAGCUCCCUACAUGAUGCUAAAGAAGAACCACGAGCAGUUUUUGGGAAACGAUAAAUAUGAAGGUUACUGUGCCGAGCUCGCCGCAGAGAUCGCCAAACACGUCGGGUUCACAUACCGCCUUGAGCUGGUAGGCGAUGGCAAGUACGGUGCCAGAGACCCUGAAACAAAGAUGUGGAAUGGCAUGGUGGGAGAGCUGGUGUAUGGGAAGGCGGACAUGGCGGUGGCCCCGCUGACCAUCACUCUGGUGCGAGAGCAGGUGAUCGACUUCACAAAACCUUUCAUGUCUCUGGGAAUCUCCAUCAUGAUCAAGAAACCUACCAAGUCCAAACCGGGCGUCUUCUCUUUCCUUGACCCGCUGGCCUACGAGAUCUGGAUGUGCAUCGUCUUUGCCUACAUUGGGGUCAGCGUGGUGCUCUUCCUGGUGAGUCGGUUCAGUCCUUACGAAUGGAACGGUGAGGAGUCUGAUGAUGAAGAUGAAACUGCUCCCUCUUCUUCUCGAAGAGCUCAGGCCUCUUCAUCCGCAGAACAUACCCACUCUCCAGGGUUCUCCCAGGCUCAGGGGCAGAACCAGAACCAGCAGAAGGAAAAGGAGACACCAGAAUACACCAAUGACUUUGGCAUCUUUAAUUCUCUGUGGUUCUCACUCGGAGCGUUUAUGCAGCAGGGCUGUGACAUCUCUCCCAGGUCUCUCUCAGGUCGAAUUGUCGGAGGAGUUUGGUGGUUUUUCACCCUCAUCAUCAUCUCUUCCUACACAGCCAACCUGGCAGCCUUCCUCACCGUAGAGAGGAUGGUGUCCCCCAUAGAGAGUGCAGAGGACCUGGCCAAGCAAACAGAGAUUGCCUAUGGUACCUUGGAUGGAGGCUCCACUAAAGAAUUCUUCAGGCGGUCAAAGAUUGCAGUGUUCGAGAAGAUGUGGUCGUACAUGCGGAGUGCAGACCCAUCGGUCUUCGUCAAGAGCACUAGUGAAGGCGUGAUACGGGUCAGAAAGUCAAAAGGGAAAUAUGCUUACCUGCUGGAGUCCUCCAUGAAUGAGUACAUCGAGCAGAGGAAGCCCUGUGACACCAUGAAAGUAGGAGGCAACCUGGACUCUAAAGGCUAUGGAGUGGCCACGCCUAAAGGAUCCCCCCUCAGUAUCUGUGUUUGUCUGCCUGAUGCUGCCCUGUCGGCCUUUUUGCUGUCUGUUGUCAUUUGUUAUGCCCGUCUGACUGCCUACCUGCCCGUCUUUGCUUCUACAUUCACCAGAAUCCUGACAUCUAAAGUAACAUCCUAAUGAAUCUCAUUCUGUGUCUGUCGAUCAGUCUUUGAGCUUUGCUGCUGUCAGGUGAAACACUGCUUUAAGAGAAACACUUCGAUGAACCUCAUUCAUUCAUGUUUAUUUAUCAGAUAUGGCAGUUUGCUGAUGAUUACUGAAGUAAGUAAUGAUUAUUCUGGAAUUGAAGUCCAAUAUUGAACUAUGAACAGUUUAAAGUUUUGCAUUUGGUUUGGAUUGUCUCUCCCAUUACAAACCAGUAUUCUUGCACUUAGAAGUUUUCCUUGACGUCCACUAUAAAGCAAAGAUCCUUGCAUGAUGUAAGUCAUAUUAUUCCUCUAAGACUGUAGAGUUCCCAUGCUUGAAAAAUAGGCCUGUUGUAUAAGAGUAGAAAAGUGCUAUUAAAGAAUUACUCCAUUUACUCUUUAGCACCAUGCAGGGAGUCACGUACAUUCUAGUCUCUUAAGUUUGUCACCCCCACUAACAUCCCUCCUGCUAAAGGGUGGAAUUCCUGUGUAUGAAGGGCAUCGCUCCUAUUACAGUGUGUGAGGCGUAUCACUCCCGUUGCAGACCAGUAUUUCUGAGCAUGAAGAGCCAUACUCAUAUCAGACAAGGCUGCUCCUAGAGCUGGGCUUCCUCACUUUCAUUACAGACUGUCAGGAGUGUCACUUCCACUGCAAAGCACGAUGUAAGGUGUAGCAAUCAGGGAGGACAUCAUCACUCCUGUCAGAGAGUGGUCUUUGUAGGCUUGAGGUUUGUCACUCCUGCAGAUGAGCAUAAUUCCUAUAGAUGAAGAGCAUCACAUCUAUUAGAAAGUAGGGCUGUGGUGAUUCUUCUGUCCUGUAGGCCAAUGGGAUUCCCAUCCAUGAGGAGCAUCACUGCCUAAUUUAGUAAUAGAAAUCAAAAUAUUCCCUCCCCCAGUGAUCUGGGUCCCAGAUGUGAGGUUUGAUCACUCCUGUAUUACAGUGAGAUUACUGUUGCUAGAGAGCAGAGUCCCAGAUGUGUUUUCUGUAAUUCCCAUAGGAGAGCAGGGUCCCCAGGCACAAGGAGUAUCAAUGAAAGAGACCCAAGUGACGUGUGCUGUUUGAACUGCAAGAUGGUGUCACUACUGUAGGACAGCAGGGCUACAGCUGUGAGGCUGAUUGGAGUAAAGAAUACAUAAAUACAUAAAUAGGAAGACAAGCAAUACUCUUGAACAAAUGAGCCCAACCUGACAUGUAAAAUUUUAAUGAAUUUUUUCCCAUAUAAAUGUUACAUUUGAUAACAGAUGAGUUGUUGGUUUAGUGCCAUUUAAGGUGAAUUGAAAAACAUGGCUUUUGUCCACAGAAGAGGAAAACAAAACAAAAAUUGAGCUGAAAAAUAUAACCUGAGGUGGAGUUGGUGAGUUUUAAUUAUACCUGACAGCAGCAUAAAGUCACAUUCUUCCUUUUUCUUUGUUUCAUACAUGAAUGAACUCAGUCCAUGUUUUUAUCAGAUGUUCAGUGAAAGAACAUCUUGUUCUCAUUCUCUCUGCCUCAUGUCAGCAAUUUACAGCCAACCCAGAGUCAGAGAAAGGCAGAUGAACUAGAAGAACAAAGACUGCACCAUGAGGAAUGUGAUAUUUUUUUCCGUUUGAGUUUUGAAUCUAUUUAAUCCCUAGAAAUAAUCUGUAUGUAGGAUCCGACUCAAUCAAUCGAUGGAUCAAUAAGUCACUUUGAAAUGCAUCUUGCAUAGAGAAGGUGGUAUGUAUUUCCCUCUGCUCCCUGCUGUAGAUGCAGGAAGCACCAAAUCAACAUUUUUUUAAGAAAAUAUAAAGGGUUGAGUUUUUGUCAUCAGUUGCUUAGCAACACAGUUGUGUUAAACCCCUUGAAUGCUGAGCAUAUUGUAUAAUCAACUUUACACAUCAAAAACAUUAGCUCUUGAGUUCUCUGUGAGCAGUCUGCUCUCUCUCUCUCUGGGUUGGCCGGCUCUUAGUACGAACAGAUGACAAUAAAAAAAUCAUCAGUCGACUUCAUUUGAUCUGCUUUCUGCUCAUCAUCCUUCUGCUGUUUCCCAGCCACUGUUUCUGAGCCUUAACCAUGACUGUGUUUCUGCAAGAUUUGUUCCAAAUGACAUUCUCACAGUUUUCACAGAAUCUUGUUGAAAGGAUUCAAACAAAUGGCAGUUUUUUGUGCCAAAAUGGUGAAUUUUCUACAAUAAAGUGCCACGGGGAUGAUGGGUUUUUGUAGGCUGACUUGGAAGUUAGCGUCACCCUGAUUCCUUUGCUAAAAAGCAAAACAGAUUUUGAUUUUUGAGUUAGAUUAUUAAAUAAGCUCUGUGGGAAAUAAAAGUUUUGGAUACUUACACAUUUUGUUGGGCAUAAUGAAGUCCAUAGGCUUCAAAGACUUAAAGUAAAACCUUCAAAAUUUAUGAAUGAAAUAUGUACUUAUGUACUUGAUGUUGUAGAACAAAACAUAAAAAUCUCUGAAGUUCAUAUCAACCACAGUCCCAUUCAAAAAUCCUGCAGACUGCGGCAAGGGAAUUGGAAGUGCACAAAUGCUAACUCAUUUCUGGAUUGUAGGACUGGCUUCUUUGAUAUUCUAUCCCAACCGAGAUAAUCCUGAACAAUUAGGAAUACCACCAAUCUGACCAAACAUAGCUGUGUAAAGACAUGAAAUGUAAUUUAGCAGAGCAAGCAUCACUUCUGUGAACAGUUACGCCGGGUUCAGACUUUUUGAUUUUGUUCUGACCACAUCAGAAUAAAAGAUAAACUGUGAAUGAUGAGACCAUACCAAAUAGAGAGGUUAAAGCCCAGAAAAAAUACAUACAUGUUCCUGAAAACAUUUGAGAGGAGGAGUAAAUAUGUAUUCAUUUAGAUAGUCAACAGCUAGUUUUCAGCUUUGCACAGCUAGCUCCACAAGUCAUUAAUUAGCAGAAUGGGUAGCUCCUGUGGACACACACCGUUACUCAAGACAUACAGCUAUCAGCACUGUAUCCCCUCCUUCCAUCACGCACACCUUGAAAGUAAGGUAGCAUUCAUGAUCCGGAAACAAUGUUUAGUCUGUCUCAGUCAUGAAAAGCAACGAUUUUCCAUCAUAAAAAACAAGUAUUCUCUAGUCUGAACCCAGUGUAAGAGAUUCUCCUGAUAUGUCAAAUUUGUAAAAUUACUAUUUUCAGCAUCUGAUUCACAAACAUUUUUAAUCUGAAUUUAAUCUGAGUUUUUUCACACUGAAUUUAUACAGAUCUUUUUUUAAAUUAAAUUAUGCACUUUAGAACAAAACUCUUCUGCUGCUUUCACACUCAUCACAUCAUCUGUUAUUGACAUUUCAAACUGAAUUACUGCUGCUCAUUGAUCAUUUUAUUGAUUUACCAUGUACCGUUCAACAUCAUCUGCUGCCUUCUGCCACACUAUAGUUUUGAUCAUUUAUGGUAUGUAAAGGGGAACAACAAGGAAAUGUACAAUGACACAAAAUUUAUAUUUAAAAGACAUUUACCCUUUAAUUUGAACUGAUUUACACCUGAAUACUUGACUGGUGUUCCGCCUUUAUUUAUCAGGUAUUGACUAGAAGUAAAUGCAAGUGAAGCUUUGCUGCACAGUAGUCAAAAUGGAAUCAUUUUCUGUUUUUUCGACCCAGACUAUAUUAAAGUGCAGUUUACCUUUCCUUUGGUUUUGAGAAACUUGCCAUUCUGCUACAACUAAUGGCUGAGUUUAACACAAUCCACUGAAGCAAUUGUUGAAUGAGUGAAUCAAGCCAGCCAUUUACAAGUCAGAGCCAAGAAUGAGCUAUAGACAAUGCAAAUUAAAUCGAGAAGCUGAUGCCAUAUUGGCAUCGACGUGGUGCCAUUGUUUCAUAAAAUAAUGAAUGCAGUGAUUAGCCUUGUUUUGGAGAAUUGGGACCCAACCAGUGAGACCAUUGUCAACAUAUGCUACCACUGAAAAGAUGCUCACAAACAGGGAUUUUUACCAGUUUUACUUAUAAUUAGAGAUAGAAAUUAAAGAGUUUGUCAAACAUUUACUAUUGAUUGUUAUUUACUUUAAAAGCCUAUAUGAUUCUUGUAUUAUAGACCACUGCACUGAUAUUCCAUUCAGUAUUGUAUACUUAUUUAUGAUAUUUAAUUCAAUUCAGUUUUAUUUAUACAGCGCCAAACCACAACUACAGUGCCGUCAAGGCACUUUAUAUUGUAAGCUGGACCCUACAAUAAUACAUAGAGAGAAAAACCCCAAAAUCAUAUGACCCCUAUGAGCAAGCACUUUGGCGACAGUGGGAAAGAAAAACUCCCUUUUAACAGGAAGAAACCUCCAACCAGGCUCAGGGAGGGGCGGGGCCAUCUGCUGCGACUGGUUGGGGUGAGAGAAGGAAGACAGGAUAAAGACAUGCUGUGGAAGAGAGACAGAGAUUAAUAACUAAUUACAUUUAAAUGGGCAUCACACCUUUAAUUGAGUUUGACAACGGUGUUUCUCCAUUUAAAGACCACAGUGUUCGGAGAUUCAAAAGAGACUGCAUGACUCCUGUAAAGUAGAUGGACAGACAGUCACUUGUGUGCAUUACCUGAAGAUUUUCCCAGUUUAGAAAAUUUGAUUAAAAAAAUGAUGGCAUUUUUCUCUAACUGUAAGUGUUUGGUCUACUUGCAUUGUGAUGUUCACAAUGCAGGAAGAAGAUGCAGGAAAACAGCAUGUUACAAGGUCUGGGCUGAAUAGCAGUGAAUCUGUUGUUUUUAUGUACCAUUCAUUAAUAAUAUCAUGCCUGUCAUAGGUACACAUGUAUAUUAAUGUUGCUGUCUUCACUGUGGCAGUCGUCUGUUCAUUAACACCAGGUUCCCUUUUAUCCCUUAUUGUUACUAUC